AUGGUUGCUGAUACUACUCUUUAUGAUAUCCUUGAAGUGGACUCCACUGCUUCUGCGGACGAAAUAAAAAAACGUUAUAAAAAAUUGGCUUUGCAAAAUCAUCCCGACAAGGUAGCAGAAUCGGACCGGGAAGAUGCAGCGGCUAGAUUCCGUAAUAUUCAGACUGCAUACGACGUGCUGCGAGAACCUAGCUCUCGAGAAACGUAUGACAUGUAUGGCCUUGAACAUGAAGGCCAUGACAAUUCACAAAAUGGAGUGGACAUUAAUGACGUUUUGGCCCAGAUGUUUGGUAUGAACUUUGGUGCACACGGUGCGCCGGGACAGCAAAAGCGUCGAGGUUCGGACGUUGUUCACGACUACGAGAUUACGCUAGAAGACAUGUUUAAAGGCAAAGAGAUCAAGUUGCGUGCUACCAGAAACGUCAUUUGUCCACACUGCCAAGGCAAAGGCGGAAAGCGAUUUGCUAAGGAAAGGUCUUGUUUAUCGUGCAGUGGAAAGGGUGUGCAACAGCACCUUCAUAGAGUUGGUCCUCAUCAUGUCACUACGCAACAAUCGACAUGCGAGGAUUGUAAUGGUAGAGGAUCAAACUUUCGAACCAAAGACCGCUGUAAGUAUUGCAAAGGCUCCGGAGUUGUCGGUGAAAAGCGAGUCCUUACAUUCUACGUGCGCCGCUCAGCAAAAGAAAUGGACAAAGUUGUCCAGCCAGGAAUGGCGGAUGAGGCCUUAGGAAUGACGCCGGGAGAUGUUGUUUUACGGCUUCGACAGGUUCCUCACCCUGUAUAUGAGCGGGUAGGGGAUGAUUUAAAGGCCAAACUUAAAAUUAGUCUUGCUGAAGCUUUGGUAGGCUUCAAGAGGGCCGUAGUAACCACAUUAGAUGGUCGUAUUCUGGAAUAUUAUCAGCCUAAGGGUAAAAUACUUCGACCAGGUGAUUGUAUUGUUAUACCAGGUGAAGGAAUGUACCGAGAUUAUCAAACGGAUUUACGUGGUGAUCUUUACCUGGAAGUUGAAAUUGAAUUUCCCAAAGAUGACUCGUUAGAUGGAAAAUCGAUGCAAAUGCUACAGAAUAUUUUACCUGCAUGUUCCAAGCAAGUUCCGGUAACGAAAGAUGCUAUUGUAGAUUCCGUGACUGGACAGCUUGGAGAUGUUUCAAAUUUUGGAGGUAGUGCCCGUUUUGAAAAUCCAUUUGCCGAAGAAGAAGAAUUCCAUUCUGUACCUGAGUGCACGGCUCAAUAG